UGAGUGCUUUUCAGUUCACUCACCCUUUCAAUUUUAAAGCUCACAUUGAUUAAGUGAGAGAAAAACAGAGCUCUUUAAUGGCUUCAUUAAUGUUAAUGUAAACAUCAAGAAGAAGAAGAACACAAAAGGAAUUAAAGUUUCCAACAUUCCUUAGUUCAACUUCAUUAUCAUCAACUUCUCUCUCUAGAUUCUUCUCACUCUAGAUUCCUUUAGUAAGUUCAUUAUCUUUACAUUCUUAACAUUAUAACCUUUCCAUUAAAAUUUCUUUCUUUUUGCUAACUAUUACAAUCUUGCUGCUUAAUCCUUGCCAAAUUUCUAGUUUUGGAACUUGGGUGUAACUUUUUUUAGAGAAAAGUUUUCACCUUUGAAUUUGUAUGAUUGUUCUUGUCAAAGAUUGAACUGAAGUGGGUUGUAGUUAUGGAACUUGGGUUUAACUUUUUUUAGAGAAAAGUUUUCACCUUUGAGUUUGUAUGAUUGUUCUUGUCUAACAUGGAACUGAAGUGGGUUGUAGUUAUUGAACAUUGUAAGGUUCUCAGAUUACAUUUAUUCUUGAUGUUGGUACUUCUGUGUUCGUACCACUCUUGUUGCAUUGAUCUUCACCUUGAAGACAAGGCAUCACUUUUGAUAUUUCGUUCACAGCUUCAAGACCCUAAUGAUUAUUUGUCAACUUGGGAUGGGUUUAACUGCACAAAUUGGACUGGAGUUGCCUGUGAAAAUCAGACUGGCCGUGUCGUGUCGAUAAACUUGACUAACAUGAAUUUGUCAGGUCAUAUUCACCCUAGUUUGUGCAAAGUUGUGUCUCUUGAGUUCUUGGUUCUGUCUGGAAAUGGCUUCACAGGCCAAAUCCCAUUGUGUUUUGGCUGGUUGCUGAAUCUUGAAGUUCUUGAUCUUAGUCGCAAUAGAUUUGGUGGUAUUCUCCCUGGUACGCUAAUCCGGCUUAGUCAGCUGAGAGAACUUAUUUUGAAUGGGAAUCAUGAUUUGGGAGGUGUGCUUCCUUGGUGGAUUGGUAAUUUCUCAUCAAAUUUGGAAAAGAUUGACUUGAGCUACAAUACAUUUCAAGGGGAAAUACCAGAGAGCUUGUUUCAUUUGAAUUCUUUAAAGUAUUUGAAUCUUGGAAACAAUUUCUUAUCCGGCAAUCUUCUCGACUUCUAUCAGUCUCUACGUGUUCUCAAUUUUGGGUCUAAUUCUUUUUCAGGAACGUUGCCUUGUUUUUCUGCUUCUGCUCAGACUCUAACGGUUUUGAACUUAGCUAAUAAUUCUAUUGUUGGGGGUAUUCCUACAUGCAUUUCUUCUCUAAAAGAAUUGAGGCAUUUGAAUUUGUCAUUCAAUCACUUGAGCUAUGCGCUUUCUCCGAGGCUUGUUUUCUCAGACGAGCUUCUUGAGUUGGACUUGAGUUUCAAUGAGUUAUCCGGUCCACUUCCAACCAAGAUUGCAGAGACUACUGAGAAAUCAGGACUUGUUCUUCUUGAUCUAUCACAUAAUCAUUUCUCUGGUUCUAUCCCAUUGAAGAUCACAGAACUGAAAAGCUUGCAAGCAUUGUUUCUUUCUCACAAUCUUCUUAGUGGCGAAAUCCCGGCGAGGAUUGGAAAUUUGACUUAUCUCCAAGUUAUAGAUCUUUCUCACAACUUAUUGUCAGGUUCUAUUCCUUUGAACAUUGUUGGGUGCUUUCAGCUACUAGCUUUGGUACUCAAUAACAAUAAUCUUUCUGGUGAAGUUCAACCGGAACUUGAUGCUUUGGAUAGCUUGAAGAUAUUGGACAUAAGUAACAACGGGAUUUCUGGAGAAAUUCCUUUGACAUUGGCAGGUUGCAAAUCUCUCGAAAUAGUAGAUUUUAGCUCCAACAAUCUAUCUGGAGGUCUUAAUGAUGCUAUAACUAAAUGGUCGAAUCUCAGGUAUCUGUCCUUGGCUCGGAACAAAUUCAGUGGAAGUCUACCUAGUUGGUUUUUCACAUUCAAUGCAAUUCAAAUGAUGGAUCUCUCAGGAAACAAAUUCUCAGGGUUUAUACCAGAUGGUAACUUCAAUAUUAGCUUGAACUUCAAUAACGGAGAUAUUAUUCGAAGAUCGCUUACCGAGCCAUUUAUUAUGCGUACCCUGGAGAUCAAAAGAUCAGCAUUGGUUGUUGAUAGCAAUGAAUUAAGCUUCAGCUAUUGUCUGUCUUCAGCGGUUGGAAUUGAUCUGUCUGAUAAUUUGUUCCGUGGGGAGAUUCCAGAGGGCCUUUUCGGACUGAAAGGUCUCGAGUAUCUCAACUUGUCAUACAAUUUUCUUGAUGGCGAAAUUCCAGACUUAGAGAAAAUGUCGAAUUUAAGGGCUUUGGAUUUAUCGCAUAAUUCUUUGUCUGGUCAGAUUCCAACAAACAUCUCCCACCUUAAGGGUCUUACACUCUUGAACUUGUCGUAUAACAGCUUUUCUGGAUUCGUUCCCAAGCAAGAGGGCUACCGAAGAUUUCCAGGUGCAUUUGCAGGGAAUCCAGAGUUGUGUGUGGAGUCCUCUGGUGGAGGGUGCAAUGGUGCAAGCCUUCCGGCUGUGCCUGGGAAGUCAUCUGAAGAUAUGGAUGGUCCAAUUACUGUUUGGAUCUUCUUCUUAAGUGCUUUUAUUAGCUUCUAUUUUGCUGUUAUGAUUUUAUGUUGCUCUGGUCGAGCAAGAAAGUAUAUUCUCCAGACUAAAGUUUAACAGGUUAUGCAAGUGAACUAGUGUACAUUCUCAUCUCAUGUUUGAAUGAUUGAUGAUUGUUCUGAUUGGCAAUUCAACUUCUGAAUUCUAAUGAGUAUUUAGAUAUCCAUUCAUGUUC